GAGCAUUUGUAAUUAAGGGUGCUUUCGAUCAUUCGUAUCGACAUUCUAGCAUAUAUUGUCGUCGUCAAUCGUCAAGAAAACACCUUCAACCCAUUGAAGGAAGUCGAAUAGAUCAUUGAGAAAAGAUUGUUAUCGUCUCGUACAUUAAAAACAUGUUUCGUUGGGCAAGCACGAGAGCGAACGAAGAUGGGCAAAACAUGGAACCCACGUUCCGUGUCCAAUCCAAGCAUCCAGCUCAGAGUAAAAAAACAGCACCCUCUCCAUUGGGUGUCAACAUUAACCACACGAAUCAAAAUGGAAUGUUGAGGCCUCCACAGACCAUAACUUAUGUUUCUCCCACCUCUGCUGAAGAUAGAAAUGGCAAUUACUUCGAGACACGUGAUGUUCAACCACAGAUGCAAGAGUCAAGUGCAAGAUAUGUGUCAAUGGAUGACGAAAGAGAGGCACCAGCAACGAGUUACCAAGAUAUUUCAAACCAGUCUUUAGCUCGGUUGGAAAAGCUUGAUCCAUCUCACCCUAUGGUUUCGGGUCGUAGCCGUACAUCUCAACGUGCGCCAGCUUUGGAUUUAAAGCACAAUGAUGACUCCUUCCAAAUUGUUGCAAGCUUGAUCGUGGACCGAUUCGAAGACCAUUUGUCAAAUAGAGAAACCAAGAGUAUCCGCAUUACUGCUGGAGACACGUAUCAUAUGGAACGAGUUGUUCCUGACAAAAAACAAUUCAUCGAUGCUGUCAAGUACCGAAUUCAGAAUUGUCCAGAAAAUUCUUCCAAACAAAUUCACAAAGUAACACGCCAGUGCCAUGUUUUGGGUCUCGACCGCAAGGGAGAGAGUAAUCUUCUCUUUGCUCCUAUCGGAUCGCAUUUUGAGCUUACUGUGAGUCUAGUUACCGUAUCCAUCGAGGGAUAAUCCUCUAUCUUCUUGCUCGUGAGAAAUCGUAGUCAUGUACUGCUAUAAUGUGUUGUCUCAUCCUUCUUUUCUUCUAAAUUUAUGUCCUGAAAGAAAAUCAAUGAGGAAGAAAUGCAAGAUCGGACACUCGACAGAGAGGCUGUUGACAAAGCCAAGCCACUCACUCCAGAGGAUCUAGCCCGGGAACAAAUAACUACAGAACUCAAGGAGGCUAGAAAUUUGUUAGCGGAGUCCGUUACACCAGAAGCGGCAGAGUUUUGGACAAAUCAAGUGGUAGACCUCCAAAAAAAACUACGUGCGCUUGACGGAAAUGGAGCGGAGUCGAGUUUUCCCACAAAUAAAAAUGAUUACGGCAGUUAUUUCAAGUCCCAGGAAGGCAUUCUAUCAAAUUUAUGGCAGACUCUUGGAUAUGCCCCAUCAAAACAGGAGAAAGAUAUUGAACUCACUACGUCACCAGUGUCGUCACCAGUGCCAUCUCCAGUACCAUCGGAAGACGUGUCAGCAGAGGAAAAACCGGAAGAAAACGAAAAACCGAUUGUCGAUGUUGUUGCUCCAGCUGAUCUACCAGGAGGAUAUCAAUUUGAAGCAGAAUUGAACGGCAGACGCUUCAUCGCGACUGUGCCUGUUGGUGGAGUCCAAAAAGGAAAAACGUUCUAUUGCUACAUGGAAGAAACCAAUGGUACUGAUGCAUUGUACGGAAGAUGGAGAGAUGAACUUACUGACAUAUACAAGUAUGGGCCAAAACACCCUAUGACCUUGGUUUCCAUCGUUUGUCCUCUCCUAGCCCUUUCGAAAGUUAUGGAAAAAGUUGGUCUAGAUAUCACGGGGCAAAAAGCUCCCAGAACUGUCUCACAGACUGGUCUUUGGUCCCCUCGUGGAAUGGCACUAAGCAUGCUGUCUCUCUGGGCAGGUUUGAAUGUCACCAUUCUUUUUGGCUUUGAACUGAAACUCCACGCUUAUCUGGCACUUUCCGCAGCUGAUUUCUGUUCUAUCAUUCUUGUAAACCUUUCAAUGUUGGCAUUCACAAUCUAUGCCACCGUCAAUACAAGAAACUACAUCGUACAAAAGUUUGAAAUCCCGGCUGGUAAAUAUGGCAGCCUAGCAGAAACUAUUUUGUCGGCUGUAUUUUUCCCGUUGUCUAUAGCACAGAUGGGAAGGCAUACAGUUUGCUAUGACAGCAACGAAGGCGUAUGGUGCGAUCCAACUAGGAUCUUUAGACAAGACAGCAAUGAAGGUCCAUGGUGCGAUCCGUCAGGAUAUCUCAGACACGACAUCAUGGAAGGCGCAUCCUGUGACCCGACUAGCAUUCUCAGACAGGAGAGCACCGAAGGUGCAAUCUGUGAUCCAAGUAGAAUCCUCAAACACGAAGAGCCUUGAAUGUUUGGAUCACAAGUAGUCUUAACAUGUGGCGAAAAAAUUCGCUGCUUUUAUUGUGUUGAAACCAAUUCUACGCGCAGGGUUGUGGAAAUCUGCGUCCGUUAAUAUGUGCCCUACCUACAGUUCAUUAAUUUAUUUAACAAACUCCAUGUUCAAGU